AUGAAGAGGCAGCGCGCAAGACAGAAAGGCGUGCAAAGGUUCCCGCCGGGGCUGUCGCUGCUGUUGCUUUACAUGGCGUCCUCGGCGGCGUUCGAGCUCACCAUCCUGCACACCAACGACGUCCAUGCCCGAGUAGAGGAGACCAGUCGCGACUCCGGCAAGUGCGUCGGGCAGGACUGCUACGGCGGCGUGGCGCGCAGGGCCACCAAGAUCCAGCAGAUCCGCGACACUCACAGCCACGUGCUGCUCCUCGACGCGGGCGACCAGUACCAAGGCACCGUCUGGUUCAGCUACUUCAAAGGCUGGGAGGUGGUGCGCUUCAUGAAUCUCCUGCGCUACGACGCAAUGGCAUUGGGAAAUCAUGAAUUUGAUAAUGGUGUGGAUGGAUUAUUAGACCCACUGCUUAAAAAUCUUAACUUUUCUGUUUUAAGUGCAAAUAUUAAAGCAAGCGAGCAACUGGCAACGAACAUUUCAGGAUAUUUCCUUCCUUAUAAGAUAUUAAAUGUUGGCUCAGAAAGAGUGGGAGUUGUUGGCUAUACCACAAAGGAAACACCUGUUCUUUCAAACCCAGGGCAAGAUUUAUUUUUUGAAGAUGAAAUCACGGCAUUACAGUUGCAGGUGGACAAACUAACUGCUUUGGGAAUAAACAAAAUCAUUGCGCUGGGUCACUCAGGUUUUACUGUGGAUAAAGACAUUGCUCAAAAAGUGAAAAAUGUGGAUAUUGUGGUUGGGGGGCAUACAAACACAUUUCUCUAUACAGGGACUCCACCUUCAAAUAAUAUACCAGCUGGUAAUUAUCCAUUCAUGGUAAAAUCUGAUCAUGGCCCUAAUGUACCUGUUGUUCAAGCUUAUGCUUUUGGAAAAUACCUUGGUUAUUUGAAUGUUGUAUUUGAUGAUGAAGGAAAUGUGAUCAGUGCAUCAGGAAACCCAAUCCUACUCAACAGCAGUAUCCCUGAAGAUGAAGAGGUGAAGGCCCAAGUUUCCAUGAUGAGGGUUCAGCUGAAUAACUUUUCUUCCCAGGAGAUAGGGAAAACCAUUGUAUACCUGAAUGGUACAAGUGAAGCAUGCCGUUUCCAAGAAUGCAACAUGGGAAAUCUGAUUUGUGAUGCUGUGGUUUACAAUAAUCUUAGACAUCCAGAUGAUAAUCAGUGGAAUCAUGUUUCGAUGUGCAUCCUAAAUGGUGGUGGAAUACGGGCACCCAUUGACGAACGAAGCAAUGAUGGUACUAUUACUUUGGAAGAGCUGCUAGCUGUACUGCCCUUUGGAGGCACUUUUGAUUUGCUAGAGAUCAGAGGUUCAGCUCUAAAAGAAGCAUUUGAGCACAGUGUUCAUAGACAUGGGAAAGGAACAGGUGAGCUGCUACAGGUUGCAGGCAUACAUGUGGUAUAUGACCUCUCCCAAAGUCCAGGAAGCAAGGUGGUCAGUUUAGAGGUUCUUUGCACAGCGUGCAGAGUGCCAGCUUACGUGCCACUCGAGAUGGAAAAAACAUACAAAGUGCUUUUGCCCUCUUUCCUCGCUGGGGGAGGAGACGGAUAUUACAUGCUAAAAGGAAGCUCAAAUAACCAUAGUAGUGGUGACCUUGAUGUUGCUGUUGUUUCCAACUAUAUUAAUAGAAUGGGCCGGGUAUUUCCAGGAGUUGAAGGUCGUGUGAGGUUUUCUGCUGGAAUUGUAUUCCAAGGACAGCAUAGUUUUGUUUUGGGGUUAUUUGUUAUAUUGUUGUGCUUCGUUCUUUAAUUUUU